CUUAAAUCCCUAAACUGACUUGAAAUUCCUGCGCGAGUUCUUCCGCAGCCCUUACGCGAUUGGAGUCCUUACGCGAGAUCCAGCAGCCACCUUGCACGAGUUCAGGCAGCCGUUUCGCACAAAUAGGGCUCCAGCGCGGCGGUGGUGUGAGCAAAGAUAGCAUUAGCAUGCUUGUACACUGCUUUCCAGUAACCUCGAAGCUAUUGUCGUCCCUACUCACUAGUACCCGCCUGUUGUGUUGUACUAGUAAUACAAGCGCAACAAUCCCAAUCACUCCUACAACUUUGAAACAGUGCAAUUCUUUACCCCACGCGAAACUGUUGCAUCAGCAAAGCAUCGUUCAAGGUGUUGUCCAGUUGGUGGUGACCAACCUCAUUGGCACAUACAUAGCCUGCAAUUCUGCUUCGAACGCCAUUUUGCUUGUGGAGCGCCUCACGCCGUCACUAUCCUCCGUUUUCUGGUGGAAUAAACUCAUAAGGCGCGCCCUUCAUAUUGGAAUCCCUCGUGACGUGUUCUCUCUCUACCGUCGCAUGAAAUCACUCGGCUGGACCCCUGACCACUACACCUUCCCUUUUGUUUUCAAAGCUUGCACCAAAUUCCCUUCUCUCUCCCUCGGUGCUUCGCUCCAUGCUACCGUUUGUCGCUCUGGCUUUGCCUCCAAUGUAUUCGUUUGUAAUGCCGUCGUUGCUAUGUACGGCAAAUGUGGUGCACUCCAUCAUGCACACAACAUGUUCGAUGAUUUGUGUCAGCAAGGCAUUCAGGACUUGGUUUCUUGGAAUUCUAUUGUGUCUGCUUAUAUGUGUGCUUUCGAUGCAAAUACUGCACUCGCGUUGUUUAGUAAAAUGACUACACUUCAUCGGAUAUCCCCGGACGUUAUAAGCCUAGUUAACAUACUUCCAGCUUGUGCUUCCCUGGCUGCCUCGUUGCGCGGCAAACAGGUUCACGGGUUUGCUAUUAGAAGCGGAUUGGUGGAUGAUGUUUUCGUAGGGAACGCUGUGGUUGAUAUGUAUGCCAAGUGUGGCAGGAUGGAGGAAGCAAAUAAGGUUUUCCAGAGGAUGAAGUUUAAAGAUGUUGUUUCUUGGAAUGCCAUGGUCACCGGCUAUUCUCAAGCAGGAAGAUUGGAGCAUGCUCUUUCUUUGUUCGAGAAGAUGCGCGAGGAAAACAUCGAAUUAGAUGUUGUGACGUGGACUGCUGUUAUCACAGGGUAUGCGCAGAGAGGGCAAGGUUGUGAAGCUUUGGAUGUGUUUAGGCAGAUGUUGAACUCUGGUUCUCGUCCAAAUGUAGUUACUCUCGUGUCCUUGCUUUCAGCUUGUGCGUCUGUUGGAGCAUUGCUUCAUGGGAAAGAAACUCAUUGUUAUGCCAUCAAAUUUAUUCUUAACUUAGAUGGACAAGAUCCUGGGGAUGAUGAUUUGAAGGUGAUUAAUGGUCUAAUUGACAUGUAUGCUAAAUGCCAAAGUACAGAAAUUGCUAGAAAAAUUUUUGAUUCAGUAUCCACAAAAGAUAGGGACGUGGUUACCUGGACUGUGAUGAUUGGCGGGUAUGCCCAGCACGGUGAUGCCAAUCAUGCCCUACAACUUUUCUCUGAGAUGUUUCAAACGGAUAAGUCUAUCAAGCCUAAUGAUUUUACUUUAUCAUGUACCCUUGUGGCCUGUGCUCGUUUAGCAGCAUUGAGGUUUGGGAGGCAAAUUCAUGCUUAUGUGUUGCGCAAUUGCUAUGAUUCUGUUAUGCUAUUUGUGGCUAAUUGUCUUAUAGACAUGUAUUCCAAAUCUGGAGAUGUCGACACCGGUCAAAUUGUUUUUGACAACAUGCCACAGAGAAAUGCAGUCUCUUGGACGUCUUUAAUGACUGGAUAUGGCAUGCAUGGACGCGGUGAAGAUGCUCUUCGGGUUUUUGGUGAAAUGAGGGAAGUGCCUCUAGUGCCUGAUAGCAUAACCUUCCUUGUUUUGCUUUAUGCUUGUAGUCAUUCGGGAAUGGUGGAUCAUGGAAUCGACCUCUUUAAUAGAAUGAGCAAGGAUUUUGGGGUAGAUCCUGGACCAGAGCAUUAUGCUUGCAUGGUUGAUCUCUGGGGUCGUGCUGGUUGUUUAGGUGAAGCUAUGAAGCUCAUUAAUGAAAUGCCUAUGGAACCAACCCCAGUAGUGUGGGUUGCCUUGCUUAGUGCUUGUCGGCUACAUUCAAAUAUAGAACUUGGGGAAUUUGCUGCAAACCGUUUGUUAGAAUUGGAAUCCGGGAAUGAUGGGUCAUACACAUUGCUUUCAAACCUAUAUGCUAAUGCUAGACGCUGGAAAGACGUGGCUAGGAUUAGAUAUAUGAUGAAACGUUCUGGAAUCAAGAAAAGACCUGGUUGCAGCUGGGUCCAAGGAAGGAAAGGCGUUGCAACCUUUUUUGUGGGAGACAAAUCUCAUUCACAAUCUCAGCUGAUAUAUGAAACCCUCGCAGACUUGAUUCAACGCAUUAAAGUCAUUGGGUAUGUUCCUCAGACAAGCUUUGCUCUUCAUGAUGUAGAUGAUGAAGAAAAGGGUGACCUGCUUUUUGAACACAGUGAGAAGUUGGCUCUUGCCUAUGGCAUCCUAACAUUACCUCCAGGUGCACCUAUUCGAAUAACCAAGAAUUUACGCAUCUGUGGUGAUUGCCACAGUGCCAUAUCUUACAUUUCCAAGAUUAUUGAACAUGAGAUCAUACUAAGAGAUUCAAGUCGCUUCCAUCAUUUCAAAAACGGAUCCUGCUCAUGCAAAGGGUACUGGUGACAACAAAAUCAACCGAUUCCAUUUAAUUUGACAUGUUUGCUAUGAGAGAGGUAAGGUAAUUAUCUUAUUCUACUACACUCAUUAGAAAAGUGAAGUUAUCUUUAUCGAUAGAAGGAACUACGGAUGGUCAGAAUUAACUGAGUUGAACUGGCAGAUAACUGAACUAAUUAAAUUGAAAAAAAUUGAACUGUUUAGGAUGAAAAUUGAAUUGAACUAUUUUAUAGCUCAUUUUUAAAAAUCCAAACUUCUAAAGUUGCAGUUCGGUGCACCGCCAAAUUCAAUUGUAUUACUUACUGCUGGAAAAAUAAAUGGCAGGCCGCUUUUUGGCUUCACUCUGCACUCACUUUUUGCUCAAUGAACAGAAAAAAUACUUUGCUAGAUUUGAAUGAAAUUUGCAAACCCUAAAUCCCCUAAUUAGCACAACGACGCAGACUCCAUAAGAUCUAGUAAAAUAAGUGAUGUGGUAUAAUCUGAAUUAUAUCUUAUGUAUUUCACUAAACUUACAUAGUAUGAAAUUGCAUUCAUUUCUUAUGCAUUUCUUUGAUUUUUUAUAUUAUCGGAGUUAAAAAAAGUGGAUCUAUUAGAUCUUUUUUCUUUUCAUUGAAUCGUAGCUUAGAUUUGUGCCAAGGUUUUAGACAAAAAGGAAAUAAGAUUUUUAUUUGAAUACCAUCUGUUAACCAUUUUUGGGGAAAUUCUCUUUAAGAUAAUGGAAUGCCAUUAUAUGUACAUUUAAUAUAGAUUUCUCUCUUCCAAUCCCUAAAAUCUAUCUCUUCUUUUGUUCAUUGUUCACUGCUUUGUGAGCCCCAUAUCCCCACAUUGUUUCCUUCUGGUUAGUUUUGUAUUUAUUAUGCUUUUUUUAUAAUUGUUUUGUAUUGUUGUUGUUGCACUUAGUUGUGUGAUUUUCAGUGUUCUUACUUCUUUGUAGCCUUUAAUUGAAAUAUUGAAUACUUAUACUUUCUUUGUUUCUUCCAUCAUUCGCUAGAUCUUCAAUAUCUACAAGUAUGACAUUAUUUCAUCCUCUUAUUAAUCUCUACAUGUAUGACAUUAUUUCAUCCUCUUAUUGUGUGCAUGUGUAUUUUGCUUAUAUGUUCCUUUUUUUGUUGUCUUUUAAGAUUCAACAUACCUAGUUUUAUCAAGCAAGGAUUGAUUCUUAAUGUUAUUUUCUUAAUUUUAUUCCUUUCAAAGUUAUCUAUUACCUUUUUGAAUGUCUGGCAAAAACGCAUAGUUUCUCCCCCAAAAAUAACUUCUCCAGUGGGAGAACGCAUUAGAUAUUUAUCUAAACCUGUCGGUCCUUGAGCCGAUCCUACGUUAGUCCCAAGAUGUUGGUCUCUAACUAGAAAAGUAAAUGUUUGAGCUUGAGAAGCUUCUGGUCCAGUGGGCCCGUAAAACUCACUAGGAUAAGCGGUAUUAUUAAACCAGAAAAAGCAACAACCAAUAAAAUCAAAAAUAGAUAAAGCACCUAUAUUAUAAGAUAAGUAAGCUUCUCCAGACCAUACAAGUGCACGCUGAGCCCAUGCAAAGGCUUUGGUUAAGAUAUGCCAGAUUCCACCAAAUAUGCAAAUGGAACCCAGCCAUACAUGCCCUUCAAUUAUAUCUUCCAAACCGUCCACAAUAACAAUCCAUCCUUCUCCUCCAACAAUAUCUAAUCAGCAAGUAUUUAGAGCCAUAUUCCUACAGAAUGAUGGGUAUAUCAUGGAAAUGGUCCCCACAAUGUUGGAGGAGUUUAGG